GCCUCUCUCCCAUUACAAAACCCAGCGGAGCUCUCGCGCAUUUGAAGCUAGGGUUUUCUCAGUGCUUCUCCAACUUCUUUUCCUCAAGCAUGGCUAACAACACCGCCGCCCCACCUCGCCAGCUCUCGCAGAAGGAGGCCGACAUCCAGAUGAUGUUGGCUGCCGAGGUCCACCUCGGCACCAAGAACUGCGACUUCCAGAUGGAGCGUUACGUCUUCAAAAGACGUAACGAUGGUAUAUACAUAAUCAACCUGGGAAAGACUUGGGAAAAGCUUCAGCUGGCAGCCCGGGUUAUUGUUGCCAUUGAGAACCCUCAGGACAUCAUUGUCCAAUCUGCCAGGCCAUACGGUCAGAGAGCAGUCCUGAAGUUCGCUCAGUACACAGGUGCCCAUGCUAUUGCUGGAAGGCACACUCCAGGUACCUUCACCAACCAGCUGCAGACCUCAUUUAGUGAGCCCCGUCUUCUCAUCCUUACCGAUCCAAGGACAGAUCACCAGCCUAUUAAGGAGGCUGCUCUUGGAAAUAUCCCAACAAUUGCUUUCUGUGACACUGAUUCGCCAAUGCGGUAUGUUGAUAUUGGUAUCCCUGCCAACAACAAGGGAAAGCAUAGCAUAGGAUGUCUCUUCUGGCUUUUGGCAAGGAUGGUUCUGCAGAUGCGUGGCACUAUCCGUGCUGGGCAUAAAUGGGAUGUGAUGGUGGAUUUGUUUUUCUAUCGGGAACCUGAGGAGGCUAAGCAACAAGAUGAAGACGAAACGAAUGCUAUCCCAGAUUAUGGAAAUACGGACUUUUCUGCUCAGGCCCUUGCGUCUGAUCAAUGGCCUGUUCAAGGUGAUGCCCAGUGGAAUGUUGAUGUUCAGGCACCUAUUUCAGCAGUUCCUACCACCACCUGGGCAGCCGCCCCAGAACCAGUUGCUUCAACAGCAGAUUGGGAUAUGGCUCCGGCACCGCCAACGAGUGCUGUUAUUGAAGGUGCUGUUCCUCCCGCCACUGGCUGGGAGUGAAUGAAAGUUUGAAACAUUUUACGUCAAAGCUGUUGCAUCCAUAUUUUUGAGUUAGUUUUUUAAAGGAUGGUCAAUUUUCUGUUGGGAAUGAACUUUUUAAUUGCAACAGCUUAGUUUUAGAUAUGGAGGUUCCAGAGAUUUUUGACUUCAAUUUAUAUGCAUCGAAUUUCAUAUUGUUUGCGCCGUUCA